GCCGCCACCGCCCCAGUACACAAGCGAUGUUGGGGAGGACAAGAGCCUGGCGGAUGGCCGUCGCUCACGGCAAAAUCGACGCCAGGCGCAGGAGGACUGGAUGGAUCGGCAGCCAGGCCCCGAUACUCGCGGGACACCGAGCGCUGCAGAGCGAGAACGCUCGGGCCCCUUCUUCGGCGCUGGCAGCAUGAGCGCCACUUCCAAGGGCAGCAGAGCUGUGGCCCCGCAGCACGGGCCGAGCGGUGUGUACUCAACUGGCCACAGCCACGCCGCGUUUGGGCAUGGCACUUCAAGCCUUCUUGGAGGUGGCUCUGCCAGCGGCUGCAGUGGAGGGGUGGGCCUCUGCCUGGCUCCCGGAGCAGGAGUUGGCUCCAUGGGUGGAGGUUCAGGUUGCAGUGGAGGCUUGGCGCAUCCCGGAGGUGCGGCAGUGCGGGCUGCAGAGAAGCAUGUUUCCGCUGGAACGGGCGGUUCGGAGGAGUGGCCCUCAACUCAAGCCAGGAAUGCUCGUGCACUUCGGGAGAACGACUACGAAGACGAGAAGGCAGUGUGGGCUCAAGGUUGCGCACUGCCUCUCAUGAAAAAGGCCGGCCGAAACCAGGCUCCGCUUGGCCAGUCCCUCAUGCCUGAUUUCCGUCCCAUGGGACAGUUUUUACAGCGAGUGGUGUGUCGGCCGUCAGCAGGCGCUGAGCCAAUUCCGAACUUUGAUGGUGUCGGUGUGAUCAUGAUGUUGUCUGACCGUUUAGCCAUGCCGAUCGAGACCCGACGUCGCCUAGGUAUAUCAUGA